UUGGUGCCGCCAACGCAGGGGGGCGCAGUCUCGUGAGGCGGUUCCGCUCCGCUCGCUCCGGCACGCCUUCCGUUAAGCGAGCCCGUUUCCCGGUGUAUUGUUUCCUAUCGGCAGCGUAUGGAUCCGAAACCCCACCCAACGAGGAAGGGCACGCCUUAGGAAGAACGACUGGUAGUAAAGCGAGGAAACGCGAGGGUGGGAUUUGAGAAAUCGAAGCGUGCAUUACAUCGGCGCAAGAGAAAUAAACCGAUUUAUACGGCCGAUUGUUUGCGUGUCUGCGCAAUCUCAGCCGGGUGACGGUCACACGGUCAGCUGAUAUUUUGCUGCGAUUACGCCCGGGCUGCUUUUCAUCUUUACAAGAUGAUCGCCUUGUUCAACAAGCUCCUAGACUGGUUUAAAGCGCUGUUCUGGAAGGAAGAAAUGGAGUUGACGCUGGUCGGCUUGCAGUAUUCGGGGAAGACCACAUUCGUCAACGUGAUUGCGUCUGGCCAGUUCAGUGAAGACAUGAUCCCAACAGUGGGCUUCAACAUGAGGAAGAUCACCAAGGGGAAUGUCACUAUCAAGCUGUGGGACAUUGGUGGUCAGCCUCGUUUCAGGAGCAUGUGGGAGCGGUACUGCCGAGGCGUGAGUGCCAUUGUUUACAUGGUGGAUGCUGCAGACCGAGAAAAGAUUGAGGCUUCCAAGAAUGAACUCCACAAUUUGUUAGACAAACCCCAGCUCCAGGGCAUUCCUGUCUUAGUUCUGGGGAACAAGCGGGAUUUACCAGGGUCACUGGAUGAGAAGGACCUGAUUGAGCAAAUGAACCUGUCAGCCAUCCAAGACAGAGAGAUCUGCUGCUAUUCCAUCUCCUGCAAGGAGAAGGAUAACAUCGACAUCACGCUACAGUGGCUGAUCCAGCAUUCGAGAACAAGGAGAAGCUGAGUCACCCAGCUUCCUGAAGUCCUCCUCGCUUCUGAUCUGCCCCUGUCACCCUCCCUACUUCCGUCCCAUCCCUCUUUUCCUGACCCCGUCUUGUCCAGGAUGUCUCCAUCUUUGUUCCAUCUUAAUGGCCUUUGCAAGGUUAAUAUCAUCAACUUGGUUCCAUUUCUGUAAAGAUGGGACAAAAAACAUUGUUUGCACUUUUUUUUUUUUUUUUUAAAUUCUAUCUGAUUGUCUUAAUGGAUUUUACUUGGGUACAUUGACGCUUGUUGCAUAACUUCUGGAUGUCACUCUUUUCUAGCAUUAAUUGAUUGGCCAGAAGCAAAGGAGAUGUUUGAGUUCAACAGUAAGACCUUUCUGUUCCUCUGUCAUCCAGUGCAUUUAAAUGUAGAAACCUUACUAAGGUCAUCAACAUUACAGUCUCAGAUUUUGUUGAAGUUAGCCGGUCGCUGUGGGAAUGGUUAACCAGAUCAUGUCAUUGCCCUGAGCAGUCUGAGAGCUUUGAGGAGCUGAGCUUGUCAUCCUGGGCCUAGCUUCUGUACCUCAGCUUUAACAUUGCGAAACCAGGGCUCUUUGUUGCAGGGAGAAAUCUUUCUUGUAUGAUGACUGGUUUAAAAUAAGUGCUUUGGAAAGCUUAGGCGCUGAGACACUAAAUGUCUUAAAAUCUAGUGCAAUAUUUAACAUUAAUUUCCACAUCCUGUGAAUGGCGGGCAGUAAGGGGUAAAUAUAUUUAGUACGUGGUUGCACAUUUGGUAUAAGGUUUCCAUAGGAAUGCUAGACUGACAUCAUCUUUUGACUAUGCAACAAGUUUUUCAGUUUGUUUUAAUUUCUAAACAUGCAGGACUAAACUGUUUCAGUUUUAAACAAUUAACACUUGCCUGUCAUUACUAAGCCAUGCCGGAUCUCAACAAACCUGAUCAAUACUGAUAUCUUUAUUUCACUGAUACUUUUAUUUAUAUAUAUAUAUAUAAGACCAGCCAUUUUCCUAAAACUUGGCUCUCAAAGGAACACUUAAGGGUCUCGUUUUAUGGUUUUUGUCACUGUGUUCUUAGAAUAUUGUUCUUUUAUAGAGCUUUUUAUUGUUUCCAAAUUAUUAAAGAUAAUGUCUAAUGGAAUGACAAAAAAUAUAAUAAAGAACAUUGUUGCACGUGGGCAGGUACAAGAGAACCUUGCCAGUGGAGGUUUGCUGCGAGCAGGAAGUACAUCAAAUAAAUUAGUCUAGUUAUGAAAGUAUUAGAGGAAAAACUGAUGAGAAAUGUCACUAUUCCACUACACAUUCGGAUGCAUUUUAACCAUAUAACACUUGGGUGGGAAGAGGGUUCAUGUCAUAUUGGGGUCUGAGUAGUCAUUGCUGGGGUCAUAAGGUUACAUAUCAAAUGUGUUUCAUAAUAGUGGUUUUCCCAAUAAAGUUUGGUUAUCCUGUAAUUUCAGUGCAAUCACGCAGAGUAAUAAAAUAAUAUAAAUGUGUCAGUUUGCCUGUUUCAUCUCAUUAAUGCCAUUGUUAAUUUUGUUUUUAGUUCACAUUUGUAAUUUAUGUAAUGUCAAACUUUUGUUUACAAUUUGUGGACGUUCCCUUGGCUGUGGCUUUCGAGCUUAAGGUAUUAAGCGGUAUGGAUUGUCAGGCGAUGUAAAGGAUGGAUGCUGUGAUUGGCUGCAUCAGAGUGCCAGGGACUGUGCAAAUCCUUGUAAGAGAGAAGCUACUGCUUGUCUCUGUAAAAUCCUAGAGCUGAAACAUUUAUUCAUAUACAUAUAUAAUAUAAUGUAUGAAACACUGCGGUGGUUAUUGUUGCUCUCAGAACAGUCUUGGACCGCUCCUAGCGAUGAGUAACUUGGCUGACCGGUACCUGUCUGAAUUCACAAGAUAGACUUUGACAUCGACAUUGCAUGAUUUCUGUUAAAUGCCAAGCUUACUUGCCAAUGUCCCUUUCAGUGUGUUGACCUCUUUGGCUCUGUCAACUUCAUCUGCUGCAGUGUAACCUUCAGGAGAAAGGAACUUUACCGAUAUCAGGAUGAAUAUCACAUAGUUGUCCGUAACCUGAGUUAGUUUAAAAACGUUUUCUGUUUUGUGAAGUAAUUAAUCCUUGUGCUUACAUCAGUUGUGUUGCGUUUUAUUAAUUUUUUUUUAGUCAUUUGCACGGUACUACUUACAUCAAGUGUCUGUCAUAUUUAAUAUUGGUACUGAAUAGCGACAUGUUAUUGCAAAAAAUGUUAAAUGUUUUGAUUAUUUUUUUUAAUAAAUUCAUAAUUGUGCUUAUGAGAUCUUGUAUAUAGCUACUUAAAACCAAAUGGGCUGUUUCUGAUAUGGCGUCAUCUUGCUUGUGGAGGUGAGGUUGAAGAAUGUCUUUUGAUGUGUUAUGGCCAUUGAAAGGAUGUUUGCACCUGAUGUGCAAAUACACUGUAUCCUUAGAUAUUUAGAUCAGUAGUUUAAAAGGGGGUUGAAUUGCCUGAGUAAAGCGAAUUUCUGGGCUUGGAAUGUGCUUCCAUUGAACAGCCAUUCUGACUGGCUUUGGAAUGUGCUUUUUAAUAGUUUGUGAUUGGUGUUUGGAAUUCACUUUUACUUUUCAGUUCUCUGUCGGUGAGAAUUUUGUUCUCUUAUGCCACAAAUGGUCGAGCUCCUGAGAAGGAUGUCAACGUGUUUUCUUGUUUUCUUCUAAAUAAAAGGCAGCUAUCGCUA